GCUGCUCUCCCUGCUGAGAUCUGAUUUGAGUUUUCGGGCGCAGCCGGCAUUUAAUGCGGACGAAAGUUCGCUGUCGAGCGAGGUGCGUCGACGAGCGGGAGGAGAAUGGCACGGGCUUCAGCACUUCAUAUGGGAAAACAAGUACUUGGCUUUCUUGAGGGGCGUCGGGCACAUUGCGCAGGAAUUUUUUGACUGUCCCUUAAAAAUCUUAGUUGGCUCUUUUGGGGAUAUCUACCCAUUCCCUCGAACGGAAAACAAAACAGAAACGGAAACCAGUUGUGGAUUUUAGAGGCUCUGACCGAAGACAAACCGGUAAUUUUGGAUAUGGGCUUUGCAGAGUUGGAUGCCUUCAUAUCAAGCGCGCCUUUGCUUCAAGAGUAUUUAGUGUGAAUCCAGAGGAGCACAACGGAACAGCAACAUGGAAAAAAUAUGACAAGUGAGACGAUUCGGUUCCUUUGACCCUCGGUGCUUAAAGCAGGGCUGGCGUUCCUUCUGCAAGGUGUAAAAACCUGAUUUAAAAUGGAAAAACUGCUUGUCUGCCUGUUGGUUAUUGGAAUGGCAGUGAAGGCCCAGAUCUGUCCGAAGCGCUGUGUCUGUCAAGUUCUGUCCCCUAACCUCGCAACACUCUGUGCCAAAAAAGGGCUGCUCUUUGUACCACCCAACAUUGAUAGGCACACCGUGGAGCUCCGGCUUGCUGAUAACUUUGUCACCAGCGUGAAACGGAAAGACUUGGCCAAUAUGACCAAGCUGGUGGAUCUUACUCUGUCACGGAAUACAAUAAGCUACAUCACUCCACACGCGUUUGCUGACCUGGAGAACCUACGCGCCUUGCAUCUUGACCACAAUCGGUUGACACGAAUAGCCAAUGACACCUUCAGUGGGAUGUCCAAGCUACAUCACCUGAUUCUGAACAACAACCAAUUGAUCCUCAUCCACAUGGGAGCCUUUAAUGACCUGCUAGCCCUAGAAGAACUGGACUUAUCCUACAACAACCUGGACACCAUCCCUUGGGAGGCCAUUCAAAAGAUGACCAGCCUUCACACUCUUAGUCUGGACCACAACAUGAUUGACUACAUUCCUGAAGGGACCUUCUCCCUCCUACAGAAGCUCAAUCGCUUGGACGUGACUUCCAACAAGCUCCAGAAACUUCCGCCAGACCCGCUUUUCCAGCGAGCACAGGUUCUGGCGACAUCUGGAAUUAUGAAUCCCUAUUCUUUUGCCCUGAGCUUUGGAGGAAACCCUUUACACUGCAACUGCGAGCUUUUGUGGGUUAGGCGACUCAGUCGUGAGGACGAUUUGGAGACCUGUGCCACACCAUUGCACCUCUCUGGACGCUACUUUUGGUCCAUUCCUGAGGAGGAAUUCCUCUGUGAGCCGCCCCUCAUCACCCGCUACUCUCAUGAAAUGAGAGUCCUUGAGGGCCAGAGGGUUGCAUUGAGGUGCAAGGCCAGGGGAGACCCUGAGCCUGCCAUUCACUGGAUAUCUCCUGAGGGGAAAUUAGUUGCAAACUCAUCACGUACACUCGUUUAUAACAAUGGCACCCUAGACAUCCUGAUAAGUACAGUAAAGGACACCGGUUCUUUCACAUGCAUUUCCUCAAACCCUGCUGGGGAAGCCCACCAGACUGUGGAGCUCGUCAUCAUCAAGCUUCCACACAUUAGCAACAGCACCAAUAACAUCCAGGAGCCAGACCCUGGCUCCUCUGACAUCUCCACAUCUACAAGGGCUGGAGCAAAUGGUAGUAACCACACUGGCGAUGCUAAGACCAGCUCUGACAAGAGGGUGGUUAUGGCUGAAGCGACUUCAUCUACUGCUCUCAUCAAAUUUAACUUUCAAAGGAAUAUACCUGGAAUACGCAUGUUUCAGAUUCAGUAUAAUGGAACCUAUGACGACUCUCUUGUUUACAGGAUGAUUCCCCCAACGAGUAAGAACUUUCUGGUAAAUAAUCUGGCUGCCGGGACGCAGUACGACCUCUGCGUGCUGGCUAUUUAUGAUGACGGCAUCACCUCCCUGACGGCUACGCGGGUUGUAGGCUGCGUCCAGUUCACCACUGAGUCUGAGUAUCUGCGCUGCCACUUCAUGCAGUCCCAGUUCUUGGGUGGCACCAUGAUCAUUAUCAUCGGAGGCAUAAUCGUGGCCUCUGUCCUGAUAUUCAUCAUCAUCCUCAUGAUCCGCUAUAAAGUGUGCAACACUGGUACCACUGCCAAAGGUACCUCAGUCAUCGACAUGCACUCACAAACCAAUGGGGCACAGUCACAGGGCUGUACCGUCACACCCUCUGUGUCCAAGCAACAUGUUUUGAGCUUAGAAGGAGGCGAUGGUUACCAAAAGAGCUCCGCGCCGCCACCUCCUCCUCCCGAUUCCCAAUCCAACAUUUCGGAGACCUCCCUCCCGGACUGCUCCACCACCACUUCCCUGGUAAGCCAGAGCUGGACAACACCCGGCUCUUCAGGGUCACUUAAGCCAAAGCGCAGACCAGCCCCAAAACCCGUUCCCGCGGCCAGCGCUGAGCCCAAGGUGGAGGCGCUACCCAACGCAGAGAUGCAAAAUACCAACCGUAACAACUCCACCACCCUGCAGCAGCCCCAGAUACCCGCCCCAACCCCUACGCCCCCAGCCCGCUUCAAAGACACCCCAAUCCUGAGGAGGGCACGUCCCUCUGCGUCCAAGUAUAAGACACUGCCUGCUGAAGGAGUGCGGGCUAACCGCAGGUACUCUUUAAAUGAGAACCUCUCAAAACACCACUGCUAUAUUGGCUCGCAGAAGUUUGUGAACACGUUUUGCAAGCGGAGUAUUUCCAUGAAUGGAAUGCUAGUUGAAAAGGAAAACUUAGAUGAGAAAACCACAUUUUCCAGUUCAGAAUGGAUUCUUGAGAGCACAGUGUGAAUGUAUGAUGGUUGGAGGAUGAGUGCCUACAUCUCCCACUUUUGUCUACAUGCGUUUGUAUACUGUAUGUGUGUAUGUGCACAUAGGCAAAUGCAUUGGCCCCAGAAAUUAUUUGGAUACUUAAAGGGAUAGUUCAUAAACAAAGGAAAGUGCAAUCAUUGUUUACUUACUAUCAUGGCAUUCCAAACCUCUAAGACUUCUUUCCUUCAAUGAAACCCAAUAGGAGAUACUCAUUCACUUUAAUUGUGUGGGAAAGAGCAGUGUUAACAUUAUUCAAAAUAUAUUUUCUUAUGUUUCAUGGAAGAAAUUAAGCUGUAAGAUGUUUGGAACAAGAUGAGGGUAAAUGACAACAUACAUUGUUUGGGUGAGCGAUCCCUUUAAAACACAUUGCAU